CUCCGGUUCCCCUCCGUGCCCCCGGCCGGCAGCUGGGGCUCAGCUGACCCCAUUAUCCGCACGGCGGUGGGAUGGCUGUGCCGGUGCCUCCCAGCCCGGCGGUAGGAGGAAGGCGUGGGGUUGGGUUGGAUCCUUCUCCCUGAAGCGGUGCUGAAUAAUUCAGGCAUCUUGGGUCACCUUGCACGGCGGCUGCCUAAGAUGGAGGUUGUGCGGGAUGCGUGCGGGGCCGCGGCGGUGACUGCCUGCAGGUGAGUGUGGCAGGCUAUGGGAUGGAUGAAGCUGAGCAGGACCAGUAUGAAGCCCGACUCAAGGAGCUCUUCGACAGCUUCGACAGCACAGGCACAGGGUCCCUGGGGCAGGAGGAGCUCACUGACCUGUGCCAUGUGCUGCACCUGGAGGAGGUGGCCCCGGCGCUGCAGCAGACCCUGCUCCAGGGCAACCUCCUAGGCAGGGUCCACUUUGAUCAGUUCAAGGAAGCACUUAUCCUCAUCUUGUCCAGAACACUGUCAAAUGAAGAGCACUUCCAAGAACCAGACUGCUCCCCAGAAGCACAGCCCAAAUACAUCAAAGGCAAUAAGCGCUAUGGCCGCCGGUCGCUGCCGGAAUUCCAGCAGUCGGUGGAGGACUUUGCUGAGGUGACCGUCCUGGAGCCGCUGGGAGAGGAAGUGCAGCCUCCACACAUCACAACCAGCAGCCGGGAGCAGCGCUGGAAGACGCAGGACAGCGAGGAAUACGAGGCAGAAGGGCAGCUGCGCUUCUGGAACCCUGAUGACCUGAAUGCCUCCCAGGGGACAUCACUGCCCACACCAGAGUGGGUGGAGGAGAAGCUGCAGGAGGUGUGUGAGCACCUUGGCAUCACCAGGGAUGGCCACUUGAACCGCAAAAAGCUCAUCUCCAUCUGCGAGCAGUUUGGGCUCCAACACAUUGAUGGGGAGGUGCUGGAGGAGGUGCUCCAUAACCUGGAGCAGGAUGGCACUAUGAGCGUAGAGGAUUUCUUCUACAGCUUGUUUAGGAACGCAAAGCCACUGACACCCUCAGCAUCUACCCCGUACCGACAGCUGAAGAGACACCUCUCCAUGCAGUCCUUCGAUGAGAGCGGCCGUCGCACUGCAGGCCCCACUGCCAUGCCCAGCACCAUUGGGUUCUGCCUCUUCUCCGGCCUGGAUGAUGGCAUGGGCUAUGGCUGUGUGGAGGGCAUCCUGGACUGCUGGCACCAGGAGGGCGUGGAGAACAGCCAGGACGUCCUGAAGGCACUGGAUUUCAGCUUGGAUGGGAAGGUGAACCUGACCGAGCUGACGCUGGCACUAGAAAAUGAGCUUCUAAUAACCAAGAACAGCAUCCACCAGGCAGCUCUGGCCAGCUUCAAGACAGAGAUCAGACACCUGCUGGAGCGGAUUGACCAAGUGGCCAGAGAGAAGGAGAAGCUGCGCUCGGAUUUGGAAAAAGCUGAGAAACUGAAAUCUCUGAUGGCUUCUGAAGUUGAUGACCACCAUGCAGCGAUAGAGCGCCGGAAUGAGUACAACCUCAGGAAGCUGGAUGAGGAGUACAAGGAACGAAUCGGCGCUCUGAAGAAUGAACUGCGGAAAGAGCGCGAGCAAAUCCUGCAGCAGGCAAACAGGCAGCGGCUGGAGCUGGAGCAGGAGAUAGAGAAGCUGAAAACUGAUGAGAACUACAUCCGUGACCGUCUCACACUGUCACUGAAGGAAAACAGCCGUCUGGAGAGCGAGCUCUUGGAAACUGGAGAAAAGCUGGCCGAGUAUGAAAGCCUGGCAAGCAAACUGCAGAGGAACUUGGAAAAUGUCCUGGCCGAGAAGUUUGGGGACCUGGAUCCCAGCAGCGCAGAGUUCUUCCUGCAGGAGGAGAGGUUGGCCCAAAUGAAGAGCGAGUACGAGCUGCAGUGCAGGGAGCUGCAGGACCAGAUCGAUGAGCUGCACUCAGAGCUGGAGGAGUACCGCACUCAGGGCAAGGUGUUCAGGCCAUCUCUGAAAAACUCACUGUCAGAGGAGUUUGACAUUGAUAUCAAAAGCUAUGGCAACAGUGGCAUUGAACCUGACCAGGGACUUGGGUCAGAAGACUGCAAUCCAUUAAAUAUGAGCAUAGAGGCUGAAAUGGCCAUUGAGCAAAUGAAGGAGCAACAUCACCGCGAUUUGCAUCACCUCAAGCAGGAGCUCGAAGAUGCUGUGAGUCACUAUGAGAAGCAGCUGGAUGAGACAAAAACCCACUGUGAGAGGGAGCAGGAAGACAUGAGGAAGAAGUAUGGCGAGGAGAUGUGUGUGAUGGAGGAGCAGAUAGCUGGGCUCAGAAGCCAAGUUGCAGAGCUGCAAGGAGAGGCUGCAGCACUCAGGGAGCAGCAAGAAAAGCUCGGCUGCGAACAUGAUGCUGAGAAGAACAAGCUGCAGGUCAGCUUCAGUGAGGAGAAAGCCAAUCUGCAGGAGCUCCUGAGGCAGGAGCACGAGGAUGAUGUUAGAGCCAGGCUGGAGCAGGCAAAUGAGAAGUUCAAUCGAGAACGGGAGGAGCUGAUCCAGAACGGUGCGUGGGCAGAGGAGAAGAUGAGAGCGCUGCUGCAGGCACUGCAGGAGGAGAAGGGAGAGCUGGAGCACAGCUUCCAUCAGCAGCUGGAGAGGAUGGCAGAAGCACACAGCAUGGAGAAGGAGGAGCUGCUGAGGAAGCACAGGCUGGAGUUGGAGGAGGAGAGGCGAAAAAUGGAAAGUGACUAUAACAGAAGAGCAUCUCAUGCUGAAAGCCAGUUCUCUGCUGACACCCAAACACUUGUGAAUAAAUAUGAAGAAACCAUCCAGAGUCUGGAGGGCCGCCACCAGCGAGAGCUGCAUGAGCUUAUGGAGCUGCAGAGAGAGGAGAAGGCUCAGUGGGAAUUUGAAAGGGAUGAAAUUGCCCAGGAGGUCGCUGAAGCCCAUGAACAGCUGAAGGAAAGCCUGGCAAAUGAGAAGGCUGCUUCUGUUGCACUGAGCAGAGAAAAAGAGCUCCUGGAGAAGAAGUUUAAGGAGGAGGUGAACAUGCUGGUGUGUGAGAAGGAGCAGCUCCAGAAAGAGCUGCGGGAGCUGAGGGAUGCUGCUGAGGAGCAAGAGAGAAAGCUGAGCAAUGAGAUGUUACAGCUGCAAAAUGACCACGAGAAAGAGCUGAAGGACAAAGAGGAACGUAUCAACACGGUGGAGGAAAGUGGGAAGUUGGUCAGCCAGAAACUGGAGAGACUCAACAGUGAGUAUAAGCGGGAGAAGGAAGAACUGAAUUCCAAACUUCUUGCUUUGGAAAGUUUAAACAAAGACAUCUGUGUGAAAGCAGAAGCAGAAAAGGCAGAGAUGCAUUUGGAGAUCUCAAACCUCCAAGAAAAAGUGCAGAAGUUGCAGUGGGAGAAUCAUAGUUUUUCUGCAGUACAGAAUCACUAUCGGGUCCUAGAGAAUGAAUACACCAAAGCAAAGAGCAAAAUAGCUUCUUUCUCCGGUACAGAAGCUCUGGGAGAUGACACAGAUGUUCUUAUAAACCUGCAGAAGGUGCACGAGCAAGCUGUGAAGGAAAAUGUCAGGAUGGCUGCUGAGAUUGUCAGGCUGCAGCAAAGGCUGCGAGAUGCUGAGUGCAGAUCUAUGGGGUGUGCCUGGCCUGAUUGCUCCCACCCUGGAGGGCUGCCCUGUGGCUGCAGAGAUGAAAGCAAAGGAGAGCAUCUGGAUGGCUUUCAGCUCCUGGAGGCUGACACUGCAGACCUUAAAGAAGGGAUGGGUUCUGGUUUGGAGGAGCCGUGUGAUGGAAGCAGAGUGGACAGUGAUGCUCCUGAGGUGUGGGUGUGCCAGGUACCACGGGGUAAAAUGGGACUGGGAAGUGAUUGCAGCCUUGAUUUGGACAAGGAUCAAGAGGUGGUUUCUCAGGUGCCUCUGCUGCAAAAAAAGAGAAAUAUUGAGAGAGUAUCCAGGCUAAAAAUACUCCAAAAUGGUAUUAAGCAGCAGAAUGUCUGUCUGCUAAGUAACAGAGCAUCUCCCAGGAAUGAAAGCUUUUAUCCUGAUGCUUCAAAGCUGCAGACUGAGGUCAAGCACGUCAAAGAACUGGAAUGUGCUCCAGGAUCGAUGAACAGUGACCUGGAAAGUGCAAUGCCUCAGCUCUGGGAGAGGGUUGAAGAGCUGCAAGAAAGACUGUUGGCACAAGCCAAGCUGCUGUCACUGCAGGAAGAAAUUCAGGCAGAAAAUGAGGACCUAAAAUCUGAAGUGAUGAAGUUAAUUGAACAAAACAGAGUCCUGGAAGACAACCUGUGUGAGCUGAGAAGCUUUCAUUGCCAGCUACAAGAAAGUGACCCGGAAAGCAUGAAGCUCUGGGAGGAAAACACGCAGCUCCCCAAAGCAGUUAGAGAAUUGAAAGAUGGCCAAACCCAAAGUACUGGAGGAGAAAUAGAUGUGUCCAGGGGAAAGUUAAGGCCACGAUGCCAGCUUGGGAAGCUGGAAGAACGGGUGGCAGUGUUUGAGGCUCUGCAAGAUGAGCAUGCCCAGUGUGACAGCACGAUGAAGGAAACCUCUACAGGAAAGAGGGGCCUGCAGGAGCACAGUGGGAUGCUGGAGGAGGUUCCCACUCUGGUUAACCCCAAUGACCUGCAUCUCCAAGGGGAGGAGGAGAGGAACGUGGUGAUGCAUGGCUUGCAAAGCACGUGCACUGAGCUGCAGCAAAAAGUUGAUCUUUUGAGAUGUGAGGCUGAGAAGCUCAGAGAAGAAAAUGCCAUUCUGAGAAACAGAGUGACGCUGCUAAACGAGGAGGGCAGUGCUUCCAGCCUGAAACUGAGGGAGCUGAACGGAUCCCAGGAGGAGAUGCGGCAAAAGAUAGAGGCAGUGAGGAAGGAGAAAGUGGCUGUUCAGAAGAUGGUCGACAAUCUGAAAAAGCAGGUAGCAGAUCUGAAGGCCAGGAACCAGCAGCUGGACUCUGAAAACACAGAACUGAGCCAGAGAAACUCCAAAAACCAAGCAGAUGUGCAGGAUCUCAACCAACAGCUGGCAAGGGUGCUGAAACAAAAGGAAAGGGAAGCAGGAAGAUGUACUCUGGAAGAGUGGGAAAAGGAGAGAUUGGCACUGAAAGAGGAACUAGAAAACAAUAAAGUAAAGUCAUCAAAUGUGGUGUCCUCCUUGGAGAUGGAGCUGUCAAAAACAAAAGUUCAAGCUCAUAUGUUGGAGCAGGAAAACUGCCUUCUCAAGGAGGAGCUGGAGAAGGCAAAACAGCUCCCCAGAUGCCCUGACCUCUCUGACCUUCAGAACGAAGUCUCUAGUUUGAUGACUAGAAAUGAAAAGCUGCUGAAAGAGAAGGAAGCGCUGAGCGAGGAAUUAAGCAGGUGUAUUGAUAAGGUGGCCAAAGUAAGCUUCUUGGAGAGCACAGUUGGCGGCUUGAAGCAGGAGCAGAAGUCUUGGGAGCAGCAGAGUCAGACCCUGAAAACACAGCUAUCAGUUUCACAGGAGAAGGUUCAGAGCUUGGAUGAAACCCUGCAGACCACCACCCUCCAGAUGUCCCGCCUGAGGUCAGACCUGCGGGUGGCACAGCAGGAGAAGGAAGCUCUCGAACAAGAGGUGAUGUCUUUACACAAGCAGCUGCAGAACGCCAAUGAGAAGAACCGAGUCCUAGCACGGGCUGUGCCUUCCCCAGGGCGCUCACAGCAGGAUGAGCUGGAGCAGCUGAUGGCCCAGGAGCAGCAGCUGCUGCAGCAGGAGAAGGAACGGCUGCAGAGGGAGGCCCGGAGUUCUGCCACAGAGCUGGUGCAUGCCAGGGAGAAGAUCCGACAGCUGGAAUCCACUGUCCUUUCCCUAAAGCACCAGAAGCAUCAAAGCCAGUCAGGUAUUGUCAAAGCCAUAGAGCAGGAGAAAUUAAGCUUGAAGAGGGAGUGUGAGCAGCUACAGAAGGAGUUGUCCUCUGCCAAUAGGAAGAUCAGUCAGAUGAAUUCUCUUGGGCAUGAACUGGAAACGAGCUCAGAAAAUGAAGGGCUAAGGAAAAAGCAGGUCAAGCUGGAUGAUCAGUUAAUGGAGAUGCGACACUCGAGCAGCAGCGGGAUGCUUAGCCAGCCCCUGCCCCCCCGGGAGCUCCCGCAGCAGGGCUGUGCUGUGGUGCCCAGGGAGCAGUUCCUGCAGCUCCAGCAGCAGCUGCUGCAGGCAGAGCAGCGGAGCCAGCGGCUGCAGGAGGAGCUUGAAAGCAGACCUUCUGAAACCAACAUGCAGCAGGGGGGCCACGAGCAGCUUCUAAAGAUGAUGGAAGAACGUAUGAUGGAUGUUGAACAGAAACUGAGGCUUGUGAAGAGGCUUCUCCAAGAUAAAGUGAAUCAGCUGAAGGAACAACUUUCCAAGAACACCAAAGCAGAUGCAGUGGUCAAGGAUCUCUAUGUUGAGAAUGCUCAACUGCUGAAGGCUUUGGAGAUGACGGAGCAGCGGCAGAAAACUGCUGAGAAGAAGAACUAUUUACUAGAAGAGAAGAUUGCCAACCUCAAUAAGAUCGUGAAGAACUUGGCAUCCCCAUCUUUCAGUUCAGCAGCUGAGUUGAGAUCCUAGCAGAGCCAUUAAGUAUCGCCACAAUCCCAUGCACUUUACUGGAAUUUUAAUAUUUCAGCUUUUCACUGCGUUGCCUUUUUGUAUCAAUGACUUUUGGUUAAGAGAUGCCUCCAAGGGGAUGGCAGAGCUAAACCCCAAGCAGACACUGCCAACUGAGAUCCUUUUGUUUAUUCCCAAGCUGUUUGUUCUGCUAAGUUUUGUCUAAAAGUAAUCUUUGCUAUGUAAAAAACAAAAGUAUUUGUUUCAGGGUUAACUUAUUUUGAUACUUUGGUUUUAAUUUAAAACACAAAUUCUGAAUAUACCGGAUUGACUAUUUCUAUUUAGAUCGAAGCACAAACUCCUGCUAUUGUAUUAAUGACUUUAAAACCCUUUUGGCUUUUUGGGAUAUUUCUUGGUCCAAACCUAGGAAUAUUGAUAAGAUCAGGCUCACCUGAGUUGGAAGGGACCUGAAGGUCAUCUGGUCCAACUAGAGCAGGGAAUGAGGAGGGACAUCCACAGUCUGCAUACUGCUGAUGGAGUUGCUAUUGAAAGCAAGACUUUCCUGAUGCUGCCUGUAUUCUGCAAUACGAUUCUAGUUUCUGUAAAGCAAUAUGCUCCUCUUAUGCAUUAGGAAUCCGGGUUAUUCCUCACGGCUGUUUCUCUGCAGGAGAAAAGCAGUGAAAGAUGUGUACAUAGACUCAUAGACUACUGCCUCCAGCUGACGUAACUGCAUGUUAUCUGGAGAGACGUCCCAGAUGGCAAAUAAAGACUACUGCUCUUUUUUAGUUAAGAAAUUGUAGAGGACUUACCCUUUUUUUUUUUUUUUUUUUUUGUUAUACUAAAUAAUAGAAGAGUCACCAAACAGAAGGGAAGCAAUGAGUUCCUGGGAGUUGUACAUUCAGUAUAGUGGUGGAGUACACCUACUGUUCAACUGGCAGGGAGGGAAGAGGGGAACUUAGUGGUGUGGCUCUGGGCAGCCUGGGCUGCUGGUUGGUGACCCUGCACACAGCAGGAGGUUGGAGCUGGAUGAGCACUGUGGGCCUUUGCAACCCAGGCCAUUCCAUGACUCUAUAAUCAGACCUCCCAGCCCUUUGUCACUAACGCAGUGCUCCGUUUACGUGGUGAUUUGGAAGGACGUGUCCUUUGUGGUGGGUCUGAGUACAGAAACUAAGUUUGUAGUUAAUUGUGAGGAAACACUACAUGUUGAAUACAAAGAACUCAGGGAAUUAAGUGUUAGUUUCCUUCAGUUUAAUAAAUGUGGGCGUUAAUAUCAGUAGAUGGAGGUUAGCGUGCAUUAGGGAGAACAGGACAGACAGAAUCACCUUUGGUUGCAUAUUGCCUUCAUACUCCCCGAGCAGCCUGCAGUGGUGCUGUAGUCAGGAAGGCUGAAGGGCACGCAGCUUUGUAAUGACAGGUGGUAAUUACAUCUCCUAUCUGAUGAGUUCAUGGGGAACACAGGCUUUUUGGGAACGCUUUCAGGGCCCAACAGAAGUCGCUGAAUGAGGACUCAGAUGCUUUGGAGCUUGUUAUAACCAAUUAUUACUACAGUCUAGAUGUGAUGCUAGCUCCCCCUACAAAUGCUGGCCUCCAUCAGACCAGUAAGGUGUACUUAAUGUAUACAAUACCACUGAAAGGGGCCAUACUGGCAGUACUUGAAACUGGACCUCUUUAAAUAUGCAUGGAUCGUGGAUGCAGGAAGGGAAGAGGGGAGCUCUAGGGUAACCUAUGGAAGGUGACUUUCACUCAGCAGUGUGGCUGUAAGGGAUGUUACCUUUGUCUACAGGGUUACCUGCCACUCAGAGGGCUGCAGGACUGAGCUGCACUUGCUGGGUAUGACCUCCUCUUCUCCUCCUCCAUUGCCUUAUGGAAACAGACAUACCGUAGUGGCAGAAUGUCUUGGAGGAACAAAAAAAUUCCUUUUAAAUGAUUUCACUGCUCUGCUGUUGUAAAUGCCCACACAGGCUAUUUGGCUGCGUAAUCUCAGAGAUUUACAUAUCCUGAUUUUCACAGGCUGCAAAAACAUUUUGACAGAUCUCACUGAUGUGAGUUGGAGCUUGGUUUUCUAAUUUGAAGUCAAGAGAUCCAUCUUCUUUGUAUUAUUAAUCUGGAAGUGGUAACAGUUGUAAUCAUAGAACAUUUGGGUUGGAAGGGACCCUUCAAGGCCCUCUGGUCCCACUCCCUGCAAUGCACAGGGACACCCACAGCUCCAUCCGUGCUCACAGCCCAUCCCCUGACCCUGGUUGUCUGCAGGGAUGGGGCAGCACCACCUCUCUGGGCAGCCUGUGCCAGUGCUUCAUGUUACACCUCUGUGUGUGGGUACCAGGGCUGUGUGUUAGCAGUGUGGUAACUGAGCACACCUUGAACCAUGCUUACACGAAGGAAAUGAGCAAAGUUUGAAAAUAUUUCCUGGAAACACCACAGUUAUGGUUCAGAUGAUCAGAACUGUGUUUGGAAAUGCAUUAUUAGCUACUACAUAUUAACACCACUCCAUAUAUUGCCCAGGGAGUGCUGGGCUCACCAUCCCUGGGGGUGCUCCAUUGCUGUGGGGAUGUGGCACUGAGGGACGUGGGCAGUGGGCACAGUGGGGUGGGCUGGGUUGGGCUUGGGGGUCCUGGAGGGCUUUUCCAACCUGAAUGGUUCUGUGAUUCUACAAAAACAAGGGAGCCAAGCUUGAUGUUAGCACUGGAAUACAGGGGAGAAGCAGAGAAAAGGGAUUCUAUCUGUUCCUCUUCUCUCCCUAUCCUGUCUCAUCCACGUUUCUUUCUUCCAAACACCAUCCUAACCACAGGAAAGGACUGGAGAAUGAUGGAGGAGAAACACAGUAGACAAAAAACCCAAAUCUCAUUGGAAUGCUUGUGCGAAUGAGUUCUCAGAAGUGCCUUUUGUCAUUUCUAUGCUGUACCGCUUUUGUUGCUGCAGGACAAUUCAGGACAAACCCUUCCCAGGUGGGGGGAAUGGUCACGGUGCUCCAACCAGUGUUGUGUUGCUUGUUGUGUCAGCUCAAGGGAUAAGCAGCUCAUCCCACAGUGUCAAGGCUACUGAAAAUAAGCAUAGAAACAUGCAAACGUGCAAAGCAUUUUGUGGUCUUUUGUGCAUGAAUGUGUCUCCUAUGCACUACAGGCAUUUUUCAGAUACCAAAGUAUUUAGCGAUGUGGUAAGUCACUGAAUUUCUGGGCCUCCUUGGUACAGCAGGGCUCGCCUGUUUGGCUAUCAGUAACUGCACGGCCAGAAGGUGUUUUCAAUGCUUUCAACUCUCAUUUUAUGAAUCACUGUGAGAAUAAAGGCAUGUGGGUAUCCAGGGCUGGAGUCUGGGGAGCAGGAGGGGGCAGAGGAAUCGCACUCGUGUUAAAUGGACGUGAGCUGAAUUCACACCAUUGAAGUACUACAUGUCAAUUUAGGAUGGUAUAAAAGCAUGCUUUGCUACCUAUAUUCCCAUUGCUACUUUGGGUACAAAGCAAAUUGAAUUAGUUCAGUUCUGGCUGGAAAAGGAAGGGUUGUAACAUACUUUUAGCCAAUGAAUAGGCGAGGUGGAGCUGGGGACAGCCCAGCUCUGUCCAUUACAACACAAACAGCAUCACCAGCCCUCAGGUGUUCCAUGCCUUCCUGCUGUGUGUGAUGCUGGCACUGCUGACCUGUCUAAUGCAUAAAUGGAAACAGUUGGUCUUUGGGUACGCUUGUUUUUGCUGCGCGUCGUCAUGUGCUGACCUUACACCACCACGUGAAGGGGAAGGAGGGACCAAGCUGUGUGUUAUUUAUCAUGAAUGUAAAGAAAUGAAAUAAAUCACUGUCAGAUCCCUG